AUGGCCAAGAAGGGCAAGGGAGCUAAGGGCUCGGGCGCCGGCCCGGCGCCGACGGCCCCGCGCCCCAGCGCGGGCGUCGCCGCCAAGGCGGAGGCUGAGCGCCAGGAGCGCGCGAGGGCCAAGGAGAGGGAGAGGGAGCAGCAGCAGGGGCAGGUGGCGGCGAAGGGCGCCGUCGGCACGGUGGCGCUGCAGCAGCAGCAGCAGGCCCCCGUCGCGUUCAAGGCGCCCCACGGCGGCUGCGGCAACCCCUCUGGCGCCAACCGGUGCUACCUCAACGCCGCCCUCCAGGCCUUCUUCGCGUGCCCACCGCUGGUGAAGCUGCUGCUGCUGGCCCAGGCUGUCGUGGCGGCGCCCGCGGCCGUGGCUGGCACGGCGGAAGCGGCGCUGGGCGCCGUGCUGCGGCAGCUGCUGGCUGCCUACAAGACGGUGUCACGCGGCGGGACUGCCGACACGGGGCCCCUGAUCCUCGCCCUCAAGGGCAUGGACGCCGCCAUCCCAAACAUGACGUUCGACGACUUUACCCCUGGCAGAAUGGGCGACCCCAACUCCGCCUUCUUCGCCCUCGUGUUUGUGCUGCGGCACACCCUUGGGGAGGCGCGCGUAGGCGCUGUGCUGCGUAUCUUCGGGCGCGGUGACGCGGAGUGCGACGGCUGCCGGCGGCGUGCCCCCUGUGAGGGGCCCAGCUACAGGGGCGUCUUCGUCGACCUGUCUGAGUUUGGUAGCCUCGUGGAGGCGUUGCGCAAGUGCGGCGUGCCCGUGCCGUUCGUGUGCCCCCUCAAGGGGGCUGGGUGCGAGUGCAGAGUUUGCUGGGAGGACACCCCGGCGGCGUUUGCGGCGGCGGAGGCCGGCGAGUGCCGCCACCGCUCGCUGCCCGUCGUGCCCAUCGCGAUGACAUCACGCGUCGUCAUCCUGCGCCUCCAGGGCGGGCCCUCGGACAACACCAUCGGCCGCCAGGAGCAGCAGCACCUGCUGAGCAACGCCAUCAUGCCCUGUGAGUUCAACGCGGUGGCCGCCCUCCCCGGCCGGCAUGGCGGCCCCAUGGUGUACCGCCUGAGGGCCGUCAUCCUUGCAAAGGGGGCGCACUUCCUUGCGGCCUCCGCCACCGGGCAGCUGAGCGCCGACGCGGGCGACAGGGCGGCGGCGUGGGUCGCGUCGGACGACGAGCGGGUGCUGCCCUGCGGGGACGGCUCCUUGUCGGGCAUGAAGCAGUGGGCGGCGGCGCCGGGCAGCGGGGGUCCCCUGCUGCGGCCAGUGCAGCUGCUGUAUGAGGCCGUGGAGGGGGAGGCACCCCCUGGCGCACCCACGGCGCCGGCCGCGCCCCGGGCGCCAUGCUGCGGCCCGGUGCGCGUCUCCGUCGCGCCGGCGGCGCGCGCGGCGGUGGCCGCGGCGGAUGUGUCGUCGUCGUCGGCGGCGGCGGCGGUGGACGCUGAUAUGGAAGAGGCGGUGCGGCGGUCUGCUGAGGAGGCGGAGGCUGCCGCAGCUAAGGACCGCGAGAGCGUCCUGGGCGCCAGCCUCGCCGCCAACGUCACCCUGCAGCACCAGCUCGCCGCCGCAGCCCAGGAGAACGACCGGGCCACUGCCCACGCCGCCGCCCUGCAGCAGCAGCUGACCGCAGUGCAGGCGUCGGCUGACCAGGCCAGGGCUCUGCACCAGCAGCAGCUGGCCGAGGCUCGUGCGGUGGCUAGGCAGGCCGCGGCGCAGGCGCAGGCGUCUGCGUGCAGCGAGCAGUCUCUGCGCUUUGAGGUGAACAGCCUGCAGGAGCGCGUCGCGCAGGAGCAGCAGCAGCGGCAGGCGGAGGGUGUCUCGACCAGCGCGUCCCUCCUCCGGGCAGAGCAGGAGGCGAGCCGCAACAAGCAGGCCGCACAGGCGUCCACCAAGGCGGCAGCCAAGGCCGAGACUCGCGCCCAGCGCGCCGAGGGCCGCGCCGCGUCGGCCGAGGCACGCGCUUCUGCCAGCCAGCAGCAGCUGGCCGUGGCAGUGAAGGAGACCGCCCAGGCCGCCGCUCAGGUCGCCGCCCUGCAGCAGCAGCUGAGCUCGGCAGAGGCUACGUCUGACGAGGCCAGGGCUCUGCACCAGCAGCAGCUGGUUGAGGCUCAGGCGCAGGCACAGGCGUCCGCGCGCAGCGAGCAGUCUCUGCGCUGUGAGGUGAGCAGCCUGCAGGAGCGUGUCGCGCAGGAGCAGCAGCAGCGGCAGGCUGAGGGUGCCGCAGCCAGGGCGGCGCUCCUCAGGACGGAGCAGGAGACCAGCCAAAGCAAGCAGGAGGCACAGGCGUCCGCCGACGCGGCGGUCAAGGCCGACAAGCGCGCCCAGAGCGCGGACGGCCGCGCUGCGUUGGCCGAGGCGCGCGCCGCCGCCAGCGACGCCGCGGCGCGCGGGCUAGAGGCGCGCCUGUCCGAGCAGCGCGCGGCGCGCGAGGCUUCCGAGGAGAGGGCGGCCGCGGCGGAGGCGGCCGCGGCAGCGGCGGCGCUCGAACUCGCGUCGGCUGCCGCCGACAGGCUGCACCUCGAGGAGGCAUUGGCCGCGCGGGGCGCGUCUGAGGCCGAGGCGCAGCGGGAGGGCUGCCCUGUCAGCGGCCAGGGCGCAGGCGGCCGAGAGCGAGGCUGUGGCGCAGCGCGAGCGCACGGCGCGCCUGGAGGGCGAGCGGCGCACUGA